AUGCCACCCGAGACCAGAAACCAGAAGAACGCCGCACGACCGGAGGAUCGGGAGACACCCGAUACCCCAGCCACCGCCGACUCCACGACCAGGGCCACAGGCCAUCGUGAUGACCCGGAGACCGAAGGAAACAGAGGUGAGAGGCAGAAGCGCAUGUCUGCCUCCGAAGAACUUUGCAUCGAACUAAUGGAACAGCUCGAGGAGCUAAAAGGGACGAUCGGGUCCCUACAACGCCGUAUCGAAGUGCUCGAGAGAGCAGAAACACCCAGGAGCCAAGCCUCAGACCCCUCGCCGAUCGAGGCGCCCUCUCCCUUCUCAGGAAGCGAUGCCUCCCAGCUCAAACCCUUCCUGAGACAGCUCAAAUUGUAUUUCUUCAACCAGCCCCGACGGUUCUCGAACGAUCGCGAGAAGGUGGUCCACCCCCUCUCCCUUCUGAAGGGAGACGCCUUCAGCUUGUUCGCACCGAUGGUUGAUGACUACGGGUUUGAAGAUAUGCCGUUUGAAGCUCUCUGUACCCAACUUCAAGAAACCUUCCUGCCCAAUAACCACCUGGAUCAAGUCUCCCGAGACCUCAAGUCAAUUAAGCAGACCAGCACUGGAAGGUCUCAACCCCAAGAUUAGGGAACUCCUUCCAACACACCUUAUCCGGGCCGGGAACCUGGCCGAGAUCGUAGAAGCUGCCAUCGACUGCGACCUCCGCAGGCAAGAACUCGAGGACGAGGCCCGCUUCGCCGAGAGGAUGUUAGAGUCCAAAGGGGACUCAACGGCAAAAGAAGAAGUGAGCUCGAAGUGAGCUCAGGGAAAGCAAGGGU